UGUGUGUGUGUGUGUGUGUGUGUGUGUGUGUGCGCGACCGCGUGUGUGUGUGUGUGCUCACCAAUUUAUCGGUUCCUGUCUAGUAUUUCAUUCCGCGUGCGAGACACGUUGAACUCGCGUUUGCAAAGUUCACGGUGGUGUGGGAAAGCGGUGCGGGUUCUGAGCAGGAAAAUCGCGUGCUUUUUCGCGUUUCGCAUUCCGCGAUUCGAUUUAUUUCGGUUUCUGCUGGUCGGAGCGAAAGGUUAGCGAAGGGUGCCACCUUCAGGGAACACUAUUUUUAGAAUAUUUUCUUUAGCUUUGGAACAUCAAACAACCUUCCCUCGAGCAGCAGCAGCAGCACACAGAGAAACUCUAGGGAAGUCCAGCUCCAGUUCCUCCAGUGUCCGUGCUGAGGCCCCGGGAACGUGCAUCGCAUGUCGCUCGAAACGAAUUCGAACUCGGUUAAACGGUUUGUGUGCGCAAACCGUUUGGGGCUACGUGAAAUCGUGAAAAGAAAACGUUUGCCACCGCGUAUUUCUCGUUUACGGAUAAAUCAAUAAACCGGUCAUCGGGGAGCCGGGCAAGGCGCCACCGAGUGGCCCAAGGUGUGCGGUGCCUUUCGCUAGUUUGCACUCGAAUUCGCACCGGCACGGUCACGUUCGGGUUUUCGGGGCUGGCAGUCCGGCAAACCAGGUGAGCCGGUGCAUAUCGAGCCGGCCUGUUAACGGUCACGGUCGAGGAUAAAUGUUUCUUUCAUUUCUUUCGCUUGUUGGUGUAUGUUUGGAUAGCCUGUAGCUGGAGUUUAGAAUUAGAAUUUUCUCGUUCUCUUUCAUGUUAUUUAUGCUUCUUUGUAUUGCUAUUGCAUCAGAGAAUUUAUUUAGAAAAAAAUCAUUCCGUUGCUAACUGUUUAGUAACCAAUGUUUAGUAGUUAGUUGUAAAUAGUAGAUAAACUCAUCAACCAUUUUUAAAUAUUUAAAAAAACAAACCGUAACAAAACAGUAUAAUGAACCACUUCUCACAAACAGUUGUGUUGUGGUCGCCGUUGUGGUAAAACCAACAGCUACUACGAUGUAACGAGAAAACAUGUUACUCACCGCAGAACCGCAGGAGUUGCAUGUUAAAGUAGACUCUCACUCACUCGCUCACCACAAAUCAUGUCAUCCGCGCUCUUCCCCUUCCUUUUAUGCUGCGCUCUUUUUUCAAUUAAUCUCUUUUCCACUUAUUCCAUGUUUUGCAUUGUUGCAUCGGUCCCGGUCUGCCCUGCCCUCCACAGAUGGUAAUCAGGACAGCGCCGGUGGCAGCAAACCGGCAGCAGCGAUCCACCAUCACCAGCACCUUCAGCACGUCCAACAGUCACAGCAGGAGGCAACGCUCGUCGUACCGCUCGGUACCAACGGCGCUGGUAGUGUCGCAGCCAACUCGACCGACAAUCUGCUGCUGGGAGUCGAGGGCCGAUCCGCUGGUGCACCGACGGCGACAGCAGGCACAGGAGCAGGAGUACCGCCGAAUGGACAGAAUGUUGUGUCACCGUCGGUGAUGGCCAAGUUCCUGGAGGACGAGCUAAAGUCGAGCGACGGGUUAUUGCUCGGUAUGUCGUCGAUAAAACACUGUGAUACUUGCGUGUGCACACGAAUCGCCAGUGCCGGUGCCGGUGAGUCGCUGUCGGUGCAUAACAACAAUCGUAGUAGCGGGUCACUGCUGCUGGCCGAUCUGCUCGGUAGCGAGCAGCGGAGCUACAGUGUCGCCACACAAACGCUCAUCCGGGGUGAAACGAACAACUCGCUGUGCUUGCGGUGCAACAGCAACCUCAACUCGCCGUCCCACAACAACAGUCCGUAUAUCAUGAAGCUGAUCAAGUCCAGCGACAGUGUCAUCUCGGAGACGAAGAGCAGCGUCUCGGACUAUCUUACCACGCCGGACAAGGUAUCGCCAAGUGGGGCCGGCGGUGGCGGAGGUGCUUGUGAUGUAAAAACUAACGGUGACAGUGCAGCUAGUGGUGAUGGUGGUUCCAUGGCCAUGGCCGGCCAUGGUGAUGUGCUCAGUAGCACCAGCAGCAGUAAUAACGAUCACUCGGAACCGCGCUCAAUGUUAGUGCCGACGAAGAAAGACGAUCUGAUGGUAAAUCCUAUCCUAGGCCAUCAUCGACUCUCGAUCGAUAGGAAUGCAUCCCUAUCACCGGGUUCGGAGCAUCAGGGAACCGCAAAGGGGGCAACUUAUACCUCUGGGAAGUUUUCCGGUCUUGUGGUAACGAAGAAACCCUCGGUCGCCCCACUGGACACGUUCAAAGCUGCGAAACUAACGUCCGCAUCCGGUGUGACUGCACCACAGACCACACCAACGUCCACAACUUCCACGACAGCUGGUGGUGGUGGUGGUGGUGGUGGUGGUGCUGGCACCGGACAGUCCAAGUUUACGAAUGAUUCACCCUCCUACAUCAUUAAGGAUACGGACCAGAUGAGCGGUCAUCACAUGACACCGAAAUCGUCCUUAGGGGGCCACGGUGCCGGGCUGCAGAGUAAGUUUGGUGGUACGUCCGGUGGAAGUGGUAGUGUUGGGAGUGGCCUAUACCACCAUGCAAUCGGUAGCACCAACAGUCUGUGGAGCCGAACGAGCAGCAAGGAUCCGGAGAAGGACGGUGCCAAGAUGUUCGAGAUCUUUAACCGCAAUCUUAUCAAAACGAUCAAGGCCGAGAAUCCGAAAAUGUCUGGACCACGGAUCUGUGCACUGCGGAUACAGAAUGGUUCGAGUAACAUUCUGUUGGACAAUCUACUCGAUGAUGCGCUAGAAGGGAACGAUUCUAAACCAACAACACCGGUGAUGUAUACACGCCGGGCCAAGUUUCUUGACGAGGAACUCCUGCUAGAUGAUGAUCCUUCGAUCGGGCUGAAUGGAGCCAUCAAAACGACACCGCUUCCAACGGCUACGUCUUCCGACUCGACCGCCAUCACAGCCAGCAGCAAAUCGGUACCGAUCGUGACACCAGCGAAGGGUCCACCGGGUGCUAGCGGAGUGGCCAAUGUUCAGGAUCAGCUGGGCGAACUGGGUGCGACCGGUACCCCUGUCACGAAAUCCACUGCAAGCGCACUACACCGGGUUGAUGAGGGUGGUGGUGGCGGCGAUGGAGCAGUGUCCAAUAAGCAGCAGAGUUGCAAUAUGAGUACCACAACAUCGCCACACUCGUCCGAUCGUUUGUGUACGAUCGGUGAGGAAGUGAGCAAUCUACUGAUCAACACAAAGCUCACCACGUCCGCUAUGACCCCGAAGCCUAGGCCCGACAUCAGUGUCAACAAGCUCGAUGGUAUCGAUGUAACAUCGAAGAAGUCCUGCACCCACUCGAGUUCGAUUUCGAGCGAGAUCGACAUCCAAGAGAGUGCAAUACUUCGCCGUCAGCAGCUGUCCCGGGUAGCGGAGUGGGUCCAGAACAAUUCCAAGCUGGGUAAUCCGAUGGAGAGUAAUACGGAGUCCGAUUCGGAGCCGCUACUUUUAGCAAAUGGACCCCCGGUUGGUGGACAUACGCUUACCGAUAGCCUGAACAACAACAAUGGCAGCAGCACGAUUGGCAGCGUGUUUCCUAUCGCGACCAAGGCCGGUGCUCCCGCAAGAACAGCCUUACCUGGCACUCGCCACAUGAUGCAGAGCUUCCCGCGUACCACGCACAACAACAGCAACAUCAGCAACAUCAUCAUCAGCAGCAGCAGCAGCAGCAGCAUGGCCACUAAUCAACUCAACAACAACCAGAGUGUCACAUCUUUUGCUCAAAUCGGAACCAUCCCGUCCACCACGAUCGGUGGCGGUGGUCUGGACUAUAACUCAAAUGGCACACCGCUGCAAACAACGGCCAGUGGACUGGGUGCGAUCAGAAAGGGAUCCACGUACGGGACUGCCAUGAGGCCACAGUAUCAUCGAGGAGGAAAUAGCGCUGGUUCCCUCACCGAAGCGCUGCUCGACGAAGCGAACAGGAUAGUGCAAGAAGCGGAAUCGAGGCGACGCAUCGAGACGCAGGCAGCAGAGGAUCGAAGAGAUCGGUUGCUCGACUAUGAGGAGGACGAUCGGAACAGUGUUGACCUGGCACAGAUGGAGUACAACGUGAAGCAGUUCCUGCUGAAGCAAAAUGAAUGGUCCACGGUACACACUCGACGUCAAUCCGCGAUUUCGUCCACCUCCAGUGUCCGGGCGGCUGCAGCAACUGGCCCGAGCUUCACUAGUGGCAUCACUAGUGGUCCUCGGAUUUCGGAAGCUCGGGAACCAACCAAGGGAUUGUUCCCUGGGACCGCUGUCCCACAAACGGCGAUCUCAAACCAGUACCAUCAUCGGUCAACCAGCUCCUCCAACAAUAACAACAAUAAUAUGUACCCCAUCAACCCACAUCGAACAGAAACGAAUCUGUAAGCAGGCGCAUGCGCUGUAAAACUUCCAGGUUGCUUCGAUGAUACACAAACACACUUGCAUGCAUAUAUACCGAACGUUGCUUACUAUUUGUUGAUUGCCUAGAUGCUAAGUAUGCGCGCAUCAACCAUCCGAAGAUGAAGAGAUACUAGGAACAAAGCCACAGAAGGCACAGAAGGCACAGGACACAGCAUCGCGCCCAUCCGGGGGCUGUGAACUAUGUGACAAGUCGAACCUGUAACAGAGAAGAAGAAAGAAAAAAUGGAAGGACGGUGGAGAAGGAAAUCAAAGUGCUCAUUUAUGUAUUUAGAUUUAAUCGCCAAAAAGCCAUUUCGCUGUAGCGCAACAACAAAAACAACAAUACACGUCCAACAAAUGCAAACUAGAUCAGAAAAAGGGUGAGAGAGGAGAGAGCUUCACCGACGGUAACCAGUAACCAGGAUUACCAACAGUGAGCGCAAACCAAAAAGUGUGUGUGAAAGAUAGGAUAUAUUUUGAUUUUUUCUUUAAAGUAUUUUUUAAGAUCUAUGGGUGCCAUUUUUUACGCUAGCAUGUAAUUUGAAUUUUUGGAAUCCUUUUUUGAAACCUUACUUUAAGAAACACACUCACACACACACAUACACACUGGUGGCUCUGAGUAGCCCCCAACGAGAACGUGCUAGUUCCAGACACAAAAACCGUAAAGAAAACAAUUUCUCGAGCUCUUGUUUUCUGUUUCUGACCUUAUCGAGCUUCUGUAUUGUAAUUCGCUCAAUAUUGCUAAUCGUUGUUCUUCGAUUUAGUUUUUUUUCCUUAACCUGAUACUAUACUCAGUUAUGUGUCUAUUGUUGUAGUCGACAAUUAUGGGGGAGUGCAUUGUAAGUGCUAGUGAUUAAUGUAAUUGACGCGUGCGUGCAGGGUGCUUGUUGUCAUAGAAUCCCAUAAACACACUCAAACACGAUGCGAUGCGAUGAUAACGAUGAUGUGUAAUAUAGGAAAACCGAUGCCCCGAGUGUCGCACAUAAUGUGACAGACUUGCAGGACAGCAGAAAGCAAGGAAGGUUAACUAUCUUUUGUUGGCCGCUAUAGUUUGUAAUGGAAAAUCGUGUAAUCAUGCCUUUUGCUCCCCCUCCCCGGGUGUUAGCCUAGUAGUAGGAAGUGGAAGCUAACGGGAUGGAUGGAAAAGAUCCUAGCACAACGCCAUAUUCUCGAUUAGAUUCGAUGACUGGUAGCAGCAGUAGUAGACACAGUUCGAUUCGAGCCGUUCAACCAUAUUUAUGCACGGCGCGUAUUGUAUCACUUUAGUGUGUGUGUGUGUGUAUGUGUGCGACAUGUGCGAAAAAGGAAAGCGGAAAAGCCUAGAGCAUCCACUGCUUUGCAUGGUCCCAAGUCCAGAUCAUGCGAGAUAGAAGAGAAGUAGUGCACAGCAGCUAAUUUCAAACAAGAAGAAAAAGGAAACCAAAGGGACACCCCAUCCCUAGAUUGCUACAUUCAGUCUAGUGCAAACGCUUAGUGAUCUCCUGUGCCCUGUAAUGUAUUUGGGGCUGAAGCCAGAAGAGGCAACACCCAACGACGAAGACGACGACGACUGCUAUUCCAAAAACCAAAGGUUUGUAAUAACCUUGUCGCUUGCGUAUGCGUUAACAUUCAUAUCUAAUCGCAUUUAAUGGACUGAAGGCGCCAUUAGAUAAACGGAGCAGAGGUGAAGGCGAAUGAUACUGCAGAGAGAAAGAAAGAGAAAGAGAGAGCGAACGUGCCAUUCCUAUAAUAUACCAAAGUAGAAGAGGUUUUGCGAACGUAAUGUAAUGUUCGCAUGCAAACGGCGAUUCUUGGUUUCGCCCAACGGCUAUCGUAAAUCAUCCUGGUUCAGGUUGGUUCUCAGUACAUUCAUCGAACGCUAUUGCUCCAGUUCUCGCGGAACGCAUACCCACCAUCCCAUAUCAUACGAAGAUAUUACAUUGUCUGAUUUUUGAUGACUUUCUCUUAUGUGAUAUCAUCCCCUACAGCACUAGCGGGCACUAGUUACCGCCUUCACUCACUCACUCAUGUCUACAACUAGCUCGCUAACUCGCACUCAAUAUCGCUUCACUCCACGCACGGAGUAUCCGCCUCGACAGAAAACGUUACCUGCUACAGAGAGAUGCUGCUUAUAUCUAAGUAAAACCCCCAAACCAUACUAGACUAAUCAUUUGCUUCGUCUGUGACCGUGACUCAUCAUUAAUGGCAUUGGAUGCACCGGAAAUGCAUCCACUACUCAUCGACGAUGACGCUGAAAAUGACGACGACGACGACGAUGAGGACGAAGGUAAUCUAUUUACACAUAAAAGCGUCUCUUAAGACCUCUCGAGGUGACUUUCCGGGCUAUCCUUCCCCCCACGACCAUCAGAACCAUCCUCAAUCAUCGCAUACCACGGAUGUCAAUCAUCCCGCUUCGGUUACCUAUUCUUAAACCUCUAUUCUCUGGCUUCCUAAGAGGCCAAAGCAAAAACAAAACAGACGGAAAUUGCUUCUCUCUCACACUGAUUGACUCCUUAUCUCCAGCCACCACCGGUAAUGGCAUACCUUUUUUGUUCAUUGUGUUGUGGAAGGCAAAGAGGAGAGAGCGAGAGGGUGGGAGAAAGGUCCACAUAUUUAUCUACCGAUAUCCGGUCGAUAAGGACAUUCCUCGACCUGUAAAAGCAACGGAUGAUUCACGAAAGACUCGAUGCCCCCUCCCCCGCCCCCUCGCUCCCCUGGUAUCACUGCCAAAUUGAGUUAUGUCUCUUCCAGAUUAUUAUUUCUAAUGCUCAUUCACUCAUCGUCCCAUCCAUUAUCCAUAAAGCCUCAAACUACGCCCAAGAAACGCCGUUACACAUCCUGUUUCUUCCAUUAGAACAGUUCUAAAUUUUUGUCAUCCUGUCCCAACAAAUACAAGUUGUUGUAGUUUGACUUCUUUCAAUGCAAAACGCACCACUAUACCGCGUAUCGUAUUAUGCAAUGAAAAGGCCUUCGCUCUCCAGCGAUGAAUGUGUUAAAUCGGUAAAUCAAUAGCUAGCUAAUGCAGAGUAUCGAAGAGAGAGAGAGAGAGAGAAGGAGAGAAAAGCGGGAUGAAAUCGAUGAAACUUUAAUGCUGCUUAUAACAUCCGAAUGGCAUUAGUGAAGGAACCACUCGAGAAUGAUUGCCCUGGUCCUCCUCCCUCCCCUCCCACCUUGGCCAAUUCCCAGUUGUAUCCUUCUGUACCUAUUACCACCAACCCACCAAAAACUCCACAUCCCUGCUCCCUCCGGACACGAAGGUACCGAAGAUUGUUUUGUUCGUGAGGAAUGAAUAUGCUAAAACAUUGCAAAAACAGAAAAAUAAAUGUAUUUCCAAAACUGA